AUUCCAAUUGUGUACUAUUGACACUAUUUAUUGCAUUGAUUUAUAAUUUUGGAUUUAUUUAUUUAUUUUAAUGAUUUUCCAUUCUUGUCGAGUGAAAUGUUGUAAACGCUUAGUGGGAACUAGCCCGACAGAAUGAGCAUAAGCACUUCGGAAAUACCUCGUAUCACCAGGAAGUCAAGGAUCCGUACGUCGCGUGUGUCAGGAUCACUGGAGCCCUCACUCCUCGAAAAAAGAAUAUCCGACGCCUUCGAUGUAUUUGACAAUGCGAGAAGCCACGAGGUAGAUGUGAGAGAGUUGGGUACAAUUAUCAGAUCCCUCGGAUGUGUUAUGAGUGAGGCUGAACUGCAGGAGAUUCAGGUGCAGGUAGAGGACGUUGAGAAUAACUGUGUGACGCAGGAGAGAUUCGUCGAAUACAUGUCGAAAGCCAUUUGCGAACGAAAAUUCAAACCAGCGGACCCAGAAGAUCUCUUGCGGGCCUUUCAGUUUUUAGACCCGGAGAAUAAUGGAUAUAUAAUGCGGGCUGACAUGGAAAAAGCGAUGAUGGAAAUUGGGGAGCCUUUUACCAAGGAAGAGAUAGACGAGAUGAUGUCGGUGGCGUGCGAUCCAACAACUAAUAAAAUUAACUACGAGCAUUACAUAAAUUUGCUGAUCCCCAAAAUUCCCAAAGAGGCCGAUGUUUAUUCGAUUUGUGAGGCCAUAGAGGCUGCGAAAAUGGACGCUGCCCCAAAACGAAAUAUAUUUUUCAAAGACUUGAUAUGAUUAAUAAAAUACUUUCAAAGUUUAAUCGAU